AUGCUAAAGUGGGUAUUCAACACGCCCCAUCGCCUUCUCACCGCCGCAGAGAAGCAGCGCAUCGCCGAGGGCAUGGCCGCAAUCUACACCAGCGCCGGCCUGCCCGCCUUCUACUGCCACGCCCACUUCGUCGAGUUCGCCGCGGACAGCGUCUACACCGCCGGCGCCCCGUCGACGGACGUCGCCCCCGUCGCAAUCUACCACAUCGCCGGCGUCUUCCACAAGCCCGAGAAGGAGCAGGCGUUUCUCGCCGCAUUUGACGACGUCGUGCGCCCCGUGUUCAAGGCCAAGGCAUCACCUGGGAGUCGGGCGUCUACGAGUCGAGGAGGGAGCUGUGGAGGGUCAAUGGCGUGGCGCCGCCGGCCAGGCUGA